AUGGAAGGACAAACUCAACGAAAGAAGAAAACACUGGAUAAGUCUAGUUCGAAGAAACGUUGGAGCUUCAGGCUUUCAAAGAAGAGCCCACAGUCGCCGUCGUUGAGUUUACCAGAUGAUUCUUCAGCCACCACACGCCACCUUUCUCCGGUUAAAGUAUCAGAGGAAUCGCUUCUGCGGAAACCAAAACCUGUGCUGAAAAUCACUAGGUCCGGUAGUCUGAGAUCCCUCAAAAUCGUAAGGAGCAAGAGCAAAUCAUCUUCUGAAUCGAAGGGUCCGACAGUAGAAGAUUUGCGUUCGAACAGAGCUACAUUUUCUUCGAUUCUAAAGGAUUCAAAGUUUGCCGAGCAAGUCGAGCCUCAGGUAGGCGUCAAAGAAUCUGACGAAAUUCUUCCGGUGGCGAAGUUUUGUCCGUACCAACACUGUUCUCUUCAUGGCCAUCAUCAUCACCAUGAGCCACCAGUCAAACGCUUCUCUUUCCUAAAACGUCGUUCUUCAAAGGACCAAAAGGGCGUAAACCCUAAAACUCCCGCCACUGUAGAUAAGCCGUCUGGUAAGAAAACAGAAGUUAAGGUAUCCAAAAAGGGUUCUAAUGUAGGCAGCGAAGGCAAGAAGAUCGAAAAGGUUGUUGGAAAGGAUGCUGAUUUUUCUAUUGAGUUCUACGCAAAAACAAGAACAGAGCACGUUCCAGAAUCAAGCUCCGGUCUUGAUGAUGCAGAUCUGGCUAAUAUGAUGUUCGGUGUCAAUGGCAAUAAUCAGAAGGAAGUUCAAAACCUUCGGAUAGAUGAUCAAGAUAGCUCGAUUGUCAACAUAGACAAGAAACAGGGUUCUAUUAAUGGCAAUCAGAUGAACAUGUGGCGUUUGAUUCAACGGCAUAUGGUGUCUGAUUCUGAUCUUGUAGCUGAAUCUGGGUGUGAAUUGGAGCAACAAGUAGACAAAGAAAAACGAUCAUGUAAUGCAGCUGAUGCUAUGAAUCAAGAGUAUGAAAACAGAAAGAUGUUUGUCAUCAAGAUUGUACGAGAAGCGAUUCAGAAGGUCCUUCUUCCAGAAGUCCCUGAUCAAUCGAUUACAAGUGAAGUUAUUUCAGUAAGAGAUCAUCAAAAAGAGCCAAAUCCAGGAGCAGAUGAUCUGAUGACUGGUAGCCAAAAGGGAAAACCAGAUGGGUGGAGUCACAUAAAGAAAGUCACACUUCUGAGAAGGUUUAUAACUGAGUUAGAAAAGGUGAAAAGAUUCACUCCCAAUCCAUUAUUGCCCAAAUCAGCAGCCGAAACAGUGUCUUUAAGGCCUCAAACAGUCGGUGAUAAGAAAAUUUCCGAUGAUUGGAUGCUUGAUUAUGCUCUUCAGCAGGCUGUUAGCGAACUAUCUCCAUCUCAAAAAAGAAAGGUUGCUUUGCUUGUCAAAGGAUUCGAAUCAGUGGCUCCAAAACUCGAUGAUUCAAAAGACUCGAGCUUGACUGAUGAAAAUGGUGAUUAUAAAGACUCUGAUGAACAGGGUGUCACGGAAUUUGAUUCUGCAAUGAAAUCAGAGAAAGAGAAAUACAUCAACAUGUGGCAUAUGAUAUACCAACACGUUGUUACUGAUAUCACUAGCAAAGUUGGAUCCGAGCUACUUCAUGGUGGUGAUGAUGAUGAUGAUGAGCAAGAAGUUAAAGACCAGAGUAUAAACAAUGAAUUCAGCCCGAGGGUUGCUGAUAUGCUUAUAAGACAAUCAGUCAACGAAAUCCUUCUUCCAGAAGUUGAAGAAGAUGCUUCACUAUCACUAGAAAGGAAAGACGUUGACAUUGAUGGAGGUGAAUCACAAACUCAGCAAAUAAUACCGAAGAACUGGAAUAAGUUGAGAACGUUGAGGAGAUCUAUCAAGGACUUGGAGAGUUCCAGGAAACUGAAACUGAAACCAGAAACACCAAGACAAUCUGCGUUUCAUAAAGAAGAACAAGAAGUAAGGGAACAAGUUGAUUUAAGGCGUCAAAAGAGUCAUCAAAAAACGAAGGCUGAGCAAUGGAUGAUUGAUUAUGCUGUUCAACACAUAGUCACGAAACUGACUCCUGCUCGUAAGAAAAGAGUGUCGAUGCUUGUUGAAGCUUUUGAAGCUGUCAUUCCCCUUCCAGAAACUUGA